AUGAGCCGCCAACUCAGAUCCCGCACCACCCCAACCAGCGUCCCUCCUCCUCCCCCCCGCAAAACCGCAUCCCCCAAAAAGACACCCGUCCCUAAAUCGCCCUAUCCAAAACCGCCGCAACUACCUCCCUCCUCCUCCUCCUCAGAACUCUCCGAUCUCCCAGAACAGCCUGGGUCAGAUGAUCCAUCUUCCUCGUCAUCCUCCAAUGCAUCAUCAAAUGGAGACGAGAGCUCCGACUCAAACGCAGAGUCCAUCCCCGAUCUCGACCACGAGAAUCUACGCGAGGUACUCCGGAUCGUGAACAAGAACUUUGGGGUCCUGGACCAGCGCGUGGGACGCUUAGAAGUGCGCUUGGAAGAGCGAUGCGACGUGCUAUGGGAGCGGGACAGCGAGUUAUGGGGGCGUUUGAAGCGGGUGAUUCGGAGUUUACGAGGGGGUGCGGAUAUUCCUGCACGAGGACACCGAGAAGAGCGAAUCGGUAGGGUUGUUCGGGGUGGUGUGGGUAAUGAAGCCAGACCGUUCCAUGUCCCGGGUUUAAGAGAUAGAGGUGAGGGGAUUGUGAUUGAUCUUGUGGAGGAUGAGGUGCCUGAGGAGGGGGAUGGGAGGAGAGUACAUCCUAUUGAGCAGGCGGUUAGGGAUGCGGUUGCGACGGUGGGGGUGGUGUGGUUUUUGUGGUCGCUUGGGACGAUUGUUUUGGUUUGGUGGGUUGCUACUGCUAAUGUUAGUAAGUGGGAUAGGAUUCGAUAA